AUGCAGGCUACCAACAAGAGAAAGGCAGCGGAUGAAGAAGAGGGGCAGCAACAAGAACAUGGCCACCAACGACCCCGAAAGUGGCCAGAACGCAGCAGUAGGGCUUCAGAUAUCAACUACGACGUCCGCGAAUACUACCGGGGAAUACAGCUGGAUGAGAAAAUCUAUUCCACAUCGUCUCAAAAGAAGGACAUGCCACGCAAAUCUGGCCCUGACGGUACUAGUCAUAUCGACGCCCAGCUUGCAGCAGCAACAUGCACACCACCCGCGCAGCGCGCAGUCAUGCCUACGCUGACGUGGGAACCAUGCUUUGAAUGUAUCCAGGAAUUAUGUCGGAAUCCGAGAGAGAUGAAAUGCCGGCCUGGGCCAUGUAACUCGAAAUGUCGCCACUGCGAUGCGACGUACAAGGCGUGCUUGAAGCCCUCGGGCCUCGGGCCUCGCCUGGCCAAAAUCCAGACAAUCGCCAGCUCCAUCAUCACGACCCCGAGCGCACUUGGCUGGCCUGAUGAGGUCUCCCGCCGGGAAAAGCGUCUAAGCGAGGAGUUCACUAUAUUCCAAGAAGAAAUGGAAACGUACAUCGCUGGUGCAGAUAUGGCAAUUUCUCCUCGUGCGUCUCAUUAUGUUUCGGGCGUUUCUGGGUCUAAACUAACUGUCGGAGCCCUCGUCAGCGCAACGGAUCCUACCCCAACUGCCAUUGGCGGUGGGGCUGGAAGUGUCAAGACCCCUGAUAAACCUUUGUUGAUGGCUACACUGUCCUCUCCCUUCAGAGCAGUGAAAACUGAAUCCCCACCCGGCUCGUCCCCUUAUUUUAAGAUGUCGCCUACAGCUAAAAUGCUGAUUAUGCCGCCCAGCAUGACCGAUAAAGCCACAGUCACCAGCUCUCCUCCCCUCUUCGCUCAUUUUACAACCAAAGGCGAUGGUAGCAAUGGUGACGGUGAUGGUGAUGGCGAUGACCUCAAACUCCCUACACCAACCCCCUCCCCUCCAGAGCUUGGCCAGGAUCCAGCUCCUACGGCUCAAAUGGAGAGCAAGCUCCGUACUACCACUACUAAAGCAAAUACAGUCGCCUCUUCCAUUAAGGUAGCUACGGAAGAAAAUACCACAGGAGGAGAUAUCCAGGCAGCCAGCACUGAUUUGAACGCUACCUCUUUCAAUCUAGGUGCUAAAUUGUUAACCGUCUUGGGAUCCAUUGAAAGCAACUUGGCCCGGAUCGCGGACACAUUGGAGGUGAAGAAUCGUCGUGGAAAUGGCAGUGAUGGUGACUGUGGGAUUGGUGGUGAGAUGGUUGCCAAUCGGGCGUAUUGGGAGUGA